ACGGUGAAAGGACGAUCUAACUAUUGUCACGUGGGCGGUACGUCAGCCACCGUUCGGGCAACUGUCAUUUCACGAUAAUUCUCCGUUUCUCCGCAUAGAAAAUAGACUGGAUUACAACAAUAAAAUUUUUUUUAAAUGUCGCAAGUAGUAGGUGUUCCUCGUCGUCAUUGAUACGGAAUUUACAAACCUCAACGAUAAAUCAGUUUUGGCAGAAUGGCGCACAGUUCUCGUGGCUACGGAUCGACCGAUCAGCGUUCCGACGUUCCGGACGUAGGCUUCAGUCCGACCGAAUUGUACAGUCUAAGUGAGAAUAUAACGACCAAUAUUUAUACGAUAAAUUCAAGCUGGCGCACUUUGGAUCGAGCUUUUAAAACCAUCGGCACUAACAAGGACUCCCAGGGUCUUCGUGACAGAGUACACGUGACUCAGCUUAGCACCAAUCAAGUUGUUACUCAGACAAGCAAGGAUAUCACAAGACUUACAGUGUUGAUGAGGCGAGGUGACAAAGAACAGAAACUUCAGAUCGAAAAAUUAACAACCGACUUCAAAGAUGCCAUGCAAAGAUAUUCUGAGAUGCAGAAAGCUGUCGCAGAGAAAAUGAAACGGCAUUUACUAGUAUCUGGUAAUUCUGAGAAUCAAUCUGGAGAUGGGAAUCAGGAUACGGAGACUCUAGUUCAAGUCCAAGCGGACUUUGAGCAGAAAGACGUUCAAAGAUCACUCGAAUUUGAACAAGGAUUGCUUUUAGAGCGUGAGGAGAGAAUCAGGAGAAUCGAAGGAGAUAUAUUGGAUGUGAAUCAAAUAAUGCGCGAGUUGGGUGCACUGGUGCAUCAGCAGGGAGACUCGAUUGAUACUAUAGAGAACAACAUAGAGAAUGUUCACGGAAAUGUCGAAUUGGGGGCUCAAGAAUUGGUUAAAGCUAGUAGUUACCAGUCAAAGUUCCGUCGAAAAGUUUGUUUCUUGUUGAUACUCGCUGUUAUUGCUGCCGUGAUACUAGCCAUUAUACUAGUCACUGAACUAAGUUAGCGUUUUAAAUAUUUUUAGGCGUUAUAAUCGGUCAAAACGGUUGUCUCAAUCUGUUGAUAAGGGGCUUUCGAAUAAUCACAAAUAUGAUGUAGUAGUCUUAUAGGAGUUCUUUAUGCAAUUUCAUCGCUUUGUAAUAAACAAAUGCAAUAAGUGGAGAGAUUUAAGACUUAAUUGCGUUCUAUAGUUUCGUUCCAAGGAUUAUAUAAUUUGUAUUCACUUAUUUCUCUGCCCAAUUGAAUAUAAAGGUCGAUAUUCAAGGUCACAACUCUUGACGUACGUAAUAACUCAUAGAAUACAAAGCACGAAAUCAGAGACUAAAACUGAAUUGUAUAUGUUGUUGCCUAAUUUUUAUCGAGUGGAGUUGACAAUUUUCUCCCCUCUCAUUAUACGUUAAUAUACUUUAGUUUACUAUUGUAAGAAUUGACAGCGUUCUUUCCCAACUACCUGCACAUUGAAAGCUGUUUGCUAAUUAAAUUUUACAAAAAUUAAUUGCCAAUCUGCCGAUACCUAAAAUCCACUAACGGAUAUUGUAUCAGUCAGUUUUGCAGUUGGUAGGUAUUCUGUGUGACUUGAUUUUUCAGAAACCUACUUGGAUACCUCAAUUGUCUAUAAUUUCUGUAUACUUUCAUCUUUGUAAGUGUACUAUUUUUUCAAUUCAAUUUGAUAUCCUGCGGUGAUUCUUCUACCCAGGAUCAGUGAUAGGAUGGCCAUAAAAAAUUUGCCGCUAUAUAAAGUUUCAAUCUUCGUUCUCACAGGUUACGUCAAAAAAUCUCAAUUGUAUUGUAAUAUUCCUUAGAAAAAGAUAAGAAGAACAGAGGUAACUGAUCAUAGAAAUAUGAUGAAUGAGAAAUGAGUUUUGAUAAUACGGUAAACUUGUGCAUUUGUCUUUGAUAGCCAAGUAUGCACACUAAACUGUC